AGCAUGCUUGUCAUUUCAACAAAUUCCACUAAAUGACUUAUGGUAGUUCAAUUUUUAUGUUUAGUUAAAUAUUUAUUAAAUUAAGUUAAGAUACAUAGUACGAGUGUAUUGGUUUUCUUAAGUGUUAGCUGUUAAGUGAAUAAAUUCUUAUAAUGGAAGAAAUCGGAAAAGGGCAAGUGCGUGUACAUUUCAAAACUAAGCAGGAGCAGUACGCAAUUCCCGACAUACCGUAUGUCAUUGAUGAGACACUAACAACUGCAGAGUUAAAUACAUUUAUCAACACAUUACUAAAGCAAAGUGGCACUACAGAAAAUAAUGUUGAUUUUGAUUUCCUGUUGACCGGCGAAUACUUGCAUGGGCGUUUAUGCGAUACUUUACGGGAAAAACUAAUAUCCUUCGAGUCUGGUGUCGAAUUAGAGUACGUAGAACGUUUUCCUGCACCUGAACCGCAAGAUUGUCUACUACACGAUGAUUGGGUAUCGGCAGUACACACGUGUGGAAAGUGGGUAUUGACGGGUAGUUACGAUUGCGUGUUGAAUAUAUGGAAUGUUAAAGGCAAACAUAUGCUAACGAUAUCUGGACACAAUAUGCCAGUUAAAGCGGUCACAUGGAUAUCUAUAGAAAAUAAUAUAGGAAGAUUUAUAUCAUGUGGGCAAGAUGCCCGUCCGAACAUCUGGGAAUGGCAUAUGGAUAGCAACUCAGUUAAUAAUCUAGCUGUUUGUAAAGGUCACGAACGUGCUGUGGACUGUGUUGGUAUGAGUCCAGAUAACAGACGUUUCGCUACUGGCAGUUGGGACACAAUGCUUAAAGUUUGGUCACUAGAUGAUGAGCCCAUGAGUAAUACAUCAAAACAAAUGAAGUUACAAACUGAUAAAACAAAGGUACCAAUACUGACAUUGCAAGGACAUCGUGAAAAUGUUUCGUCAGUACAAUGGAUGGAUUCGAAUUGCAUUUUAACAAGCAGUUGGGAUCACACAAUUAAAAUAUGGGAUCUUAAUAUGGAAGGUGUUAAAAAUGAAGUAUUUGGAAAUAAACCAAUAUUUGAUGCUAGUUAUUCAAAACUAAACAAUUUAGUAGUAACUGCUUCAGCAGAUAAGGUUUUACGUUUAUAUGAUCCACGAUCGAAUAAUACUACUGUGGUACGUAACACAUAUCUAGGUCAUCAACAGUGGGUUCAAUCAGUUAUGUGGUCAACUACUGAAGAGCACCUCUUUGUCUCUGCUUCCUAUGACUGUCAAAAUAAAUUGUGGGAUCGCAGAAGUACCAAGGCGCCAUUAUACGAUUUACUUGGGCAUAAGGAUAAAGUUAUGGAUAUCGAUUGGUCAAAUCCGAAAUAUAUUGUAUCUGGUGGUACUGACAAUUAUUUACGUGUAUACAAAUUUUCAAACGUAACUAAGACAAUUGAAGAAAAUUGAAUUUCGUUUAAAGAAAUAUAAUGUUUGUAUAUAAAU